AUUUUGGUGUGAACCAAUAACACAAAAUAAAUAAAUAAAUAAAUAUAUAUUCCAUGGAGGAAAUUACCCCAAUCGUCGCCGCCCUUAUAACACUCGCCUCCGCCUUCCUCCUCCACCGUGCUUUCUUCCUCCGCCGUAGACUCCGCCUCCCGCCUGGUCCGAAACCAUGGCCGAUAGUAGGAAACAUGCCGCAGAUCGGCGAAGCGCAUCUCCACUCUCUCCUUGCCACCAUGGCCGGAAAGUACGGACCACUGAUGUACCUCCGCUUAGGCUCCGUGGACAUGGUCGUAGCGGCAUCCGCGGCUGUGGCAGAGCAAGUUUUGAAGAUUCACGACACUAAUUUCCUUAGCCGGCCACCAAACGCCGGCGCAAAAUAUAUUGCUUAUAAUUAUCAGGAUAUGGUUUUUGCACCGUACGGUCCACGGUGGCGAUUGCUCCGGAAGAUCAGCACCGUCCAUCUCUUCUCAUCAAAAGCCCUAGAUGAUCAUCGCCGCAUACGGGAGGAAGAGAUAUCGGUGCUAGUACAGGCCCUUGCAAGGUCCGGUGAAGCUCCAGCGAACUUGGGGAGCUUGCUCACCGUGUGCAUUGCGAACUCCCUUGGACGGACAAUGAUUGGCCGACGUGUUUUCGGUGAUGGAAGCGGUAGCGAUGACUUAGAGUCAAAUCAAUUUAAGUUAAUGGUGGAGCAAGUGAUGGUGCUGGCAGGAAAGUUCAACCCUGGUGACUUUUUCCCCUGGCUUGAGUGGCUUGAUUUGAUGGGUGUGGGCAGAGAGAUGAAGAAGGUCCAUAAAUGGUUCGAUGAUUUUUUGACUAAGAUCGUGGAGGAGCAUCGGAAUUUGUUGGCCAGAGGUGUCGGUGGUGGUCACCAAGAUCUGUUGAGUACUCUUCUGUCAAUGAAGGAUGACGGUGAAGAUGAGAAUGAGAAGCUCAAUGAUACUGAGAUUAAGGCUUUGUUGUUGAACAUGUUCACAGCUGGAACCGACACGUCAGCAAGCACGGUGGAAUGGGCCUUGACAGAGCUCAUUAGACAUCCUGAAAUGAUGGCCCAGGCCCAACAAGAACUGGACUCUAUAGUCGGUCGUGAUCGGGCAGUUUCCGAUGUAGACCUACAUCAACUAGUCUAUCUCCAGGCCGUGGUGAAGGAAACUUUCCGGCUCCACCCACCGACGCCACUCUCCCUCCCUCGCAUGGCGUCCGACAGCUGCGAGGUCAAUGGAUAUCACAUCCCCAAAGGCUCCACUCUCUUAGUCGACGUAUGGGCCAUCGGUCGUGACCCAAAACAAUGGGUCGACCCACUCGAGUUCAGGCCCAAUCGGUUCCUCCCCAACGGCGAGAAGCCCCACGUGGAUGUGAAGGGAAAUGACUUUGAGGUGAUUCCGUUUGGGGCUGGGCGGAGAAUCUGUGUGGGUUUGAGUUUGGGCUUGAGGAUGGUCCAGAUGUUAACAGCCACGAUAGUCCAUUCAUUUGAUUGGACCUUGCCUAAUGGGCUUACACCUGAUAAGUUGAACAUGGAUGAGCAUUAUGGGCUUACUCUUCGCCGGGCCCAGCCUUUGAUCAUGCAUCCACGACCCAGGUUAUUACUUGGGGUUUAUGAAAGGGAUAGUUACGAAUAUAGCAACUAAAUUCAAAAUAACUAAGUAUAUAACAACAUUUUAAAAAAAUUGCAAAUAUAAUAAAAUCUAUCAAUGAUAGACUAUGUAGCAAAUAUUGGUCUAUCACUGAUAAACCACAAUCGUCUAUCAGCGAUAAAAGUUAUCACCGAUAGAAUUUGCUAUGUUUGUAGUUUUUUUAAAAUAUUGCUAUGUGCUCGAUAUUUAUCUCAAAAAUUGCUAUCCAUUAUAAUUAUCAUUUAUAAAACAUUGUCUUAUAUUGGUUAGUUUUAACUUCUUCUUUUUUCAUUGGUUGGGUUUAAGUUUUCUUCUUAAGUUUCGUUUUAAAAUAUAGUAAUAAUAUUUUGGGUGAAUUGUAAAAUCUAUCCCUAAAGUAUGGUGGUAGCCCUCGACCUUAUUCAAGUUCUAAAGGAGACCCUAAAAUUUCAAAUUUAUAUAAAAUCACAUGUAUGUUAGUGCUCA